GUAUUUCAUGGUUCUUCUGACUGUAGUCUACAGAUCAUCACUUUCUUUUCCUUUCGUCUAUCGUUCAGCUGUAUCACUCUGGAAUACUAGAAAAAUGUCCUCGGUAUCAACUCAGCAACCUCAAUGGUCAACGCCCGUGCCUAUACAACCAGAGCCUGUCCUCAAAGUUUACAACUCAUUAACCCGAACGAAGACUGAAUUUGUUCCCCUCAAUGGUCGGCUCGUAAAAUGGUAUAACUGUGGACCAACAGUCUACGACGCUUCUCAUAUGGGCCACGCCCGCAACUAUGUUACACAAGAUAUCAUACGGCGGAUAAUGUCUGAUUAUUUUGGAUACGAUGUUCAUUUUGUUAUGAAUAUCACGGACAUCGAUGAUAAGAUAAUAAAACGCGCUCGGCAGACCCACCUUCUAGAGACAUUCCGGAAAGACACCACCGCAUUGACAGAGAACCUAUUCUCGCAGGUCCAGGCUGCGUGGCAUAACUUUAUUAGAAGCGAGAUUGCAAAUGGACUGGCAGAAGAAGAGCGACCGUCGGAUGGAACCCAAGGCGAGGAUUGGUCAAAGAUUGUUGAACUAUAUCAAAAUAAGGCAUGGAGGCAAGCUUGUGUACGACGAGAUGAAAGGUUUGACAUGAACUUUUCUUCAGCGAACCGUGCAUUUAUAGCUCUGAAGGGUGCUCAAUCUCAACUCGAGAGUGGUCAGACAGAUGAAGGCGUCGCUCACAGGCUGAUUGACGAAUCAAACGAUAUCUUGGCUGUAUUCCUCGAUGAGCAGUACAAAGCCACCGUCACGGAUCCUUCUCUUUCCCGGAAUCUGGCGUCAUAUUGGGAAAGACGAUUCUUUGAUGAUAUGGAACGCUUGGGAGUCCGAGAGCCAGAUACUCUUACACGUGUUACUGAAUACGUCCCCGAAAUUGUUGCCUUCAUCGAGCAAAUUAUGAAAAAUGGCUACGGAUACGAAGCCGAAGGAAGUGUUUAUUUUGACACCAGGACCUUCGACAAUGCCGCUAUUCAUGACUAUGCCAAGCUUGAGCCAUGGAGCAAGGGCAACAGAGAACUAAAGGCCACAGAAGGAUCUUCGUCGAAGUCAACGCGCCGAUCGACAUCGGACUUUGCUCUUUGGAAGGCAUCGAAACCGGGCGAACCUUCUUGGCCUUCGCCGUGGGGUCCUGGGCGUCCGGGUUGGCAUAUCGAAUGCUCAGUGAUGGCGAGUGCCAUCUUUGGCGACAAUAUGGACAUCCAUUCCGGCGGAAUAGACCUUGCUUUCCCUCACCAUGAUAAUGAAAUGGCUCAAUCGGAAGCCUAUCAUGAAUGCCCCGCCUGGGUCAACUACUUCUUGCACACUGGACAUCUUCAUAUCGAAGGGCUCAAGAUGAGUAAAUCCCUCAAAAACUUUAUCACGAUUGACGAAAUAUUGCAACGAUACACCGCUCGUCAGCUGCGCCUGGCUUUCCUCACACAGCUUUGGAAUGCUAAAGUAGACUUCUCUGAAUCCCUCAUGGCUGGCGAAGUCAAGAACCUCGAAACCACGCUCAAUAACUUUUUCACUACAGUGAAGGCUUUGGUUAGCCAAGCGCGUGCCAACGGAUCGGUAUCUGAUGGGUACCACCACUACGAACUGCCUGAAAGCCAGCUCGCCGCGCGAUUCCAUGAGACCCAGUCUGCUUUCAGAUCUGCUUUGUGCGACUCCUUCAACACUCCCGAUGCCCUCGAUGCCAUACGAGAUAUCGUUUCGAGGACAAACACCUAUAUCAACUUCCGAGGAAAAAAUAUGAAUAUUGGCGUGGUAGAAAACAUUGCUCGGUGGACUGGCGCGAUGUUGCGCAUGUUUGGCUUGGGCGAGGGGGAGAGCUACGAAAUAGGUUGGGGUCAAGAAAGGAAGGCAGGCGAAACCGUUAACCAAGAAGAGGUCCUGAUGCCUUACCUUCGAGUGUUGUCCUCGUUCCGAGACGGUGUACGCAAGAUUGCGAUGGCUAAGGGCGAUUCAGCCUUGAAGGAUAUUCUUUCACUUUGCGACAAAUUGAGAGACAACGAACUGGUGCCUCUGGGAGUUGCGUUGGAUGACCAGGAAGAUGGUCAAGCCCUUGUAAAGUUGGAGGAUCCCGCAGAGUUAAUACGGGUGCGCGACGAGAAGAAGGCUCAAGCACAAGCAAAGGCUGCCAAGAAAGCUGCCGCUGCAGAGGUUGAACACCAGAAGCGUUUACAGAGGCUAGAGAAAGGUCGUGUUCCUCCAGAACAGCUAUUCAAACCGCCAAACGUCACGGAAGGCACAUACGGUUCUUGGGAUGAAGUCGGAAUACCUCUUACAGACGGUGAGGGCAAGGAAUUGAGCAAGAAUCAGGCUAAAAAGGUGCAGAAAUGUUAUGCGGACCAAAGGAGAUUACACGAGGAGUUUUUGGCGCAUAGAAAUGAGUUGGAGUAAUCAUUUAGCGGAUAUCACAUUAUAUAACAAUGCCCACCUAGUAUUACAU